AUGGAUCGGGAGCAAAAUUUAAUUACAACAUCACAAGGAAAAGAAAACAAGAUGAUGGAAUCAGAGGAGGUGAAGAUUACUCCCCCUGCACGUCUAAAGAAAGCUGGAAAACGCAAUAAGACAGGCGAUAACACAUCUCUUCCUGCCUGCAGCCAAGGUUCAACGAUCACUAAUGGCGGUACAAGCACCCAAGCUACGGAGAAAUCGCUGAAUCGAGAUGUAAAAGAAAGCAGGGAGCCUUUCAAUGAAGAAAAUUUAUCAGAGAGAGAAGUGACAGAUACUAAAUCACAUGAAACAAAAAAUGGAGUUUUAAAAGACAGCUGUGUGGGUGAAAUUGUCUCGAGCGAUGAAGGUUCCAAUGGGACUUGUGUUGUGAAUUCCUUCGCAUGGUCGCAUAAUAUAGCUGUCAGUGAAAAUGAUGCCGAAGCUGUGCUGAGUUCAGUUAAAAAUGCAGCGAUUGAAAAAGAUUCAAACCUAAGGAACGAGACUGAAGACGAUAAGAAACUUCCUCUUGGCUUCGAAAAUUCACGAGAAGAAUGCGCAAGUCCUCAAGAUGAAGAAUCUUUUUUCUCAGCCGGUGAGGAGGCGGAAACUAACCAAGAUUUGUCUUUGACAUUGCCUGAAGUUGCGAAAAUUGUGGUAGGACCGUCAACAACGUUAGAAAAUAUCGAUGGCCCUUUAGUAAACGGUGAAAACAGCAACGAAGCAACUACUUUGACCGCAGACCACGAGGAAAUUUGUGAAUUCCAGAAGUCUGACCAGACUAAUCAGAGAUCAAUAUUUCAAGUUGUAGAUGGAUAUUUGGAGAAUAUCUCUAAUGUUAAGGAACCGUCUCUGCAAACCAUUGAAACCAAAACUUUAUUUGCGGUAAAGGAUGAUGCCAAUGUUUCUGACCUUGUCCCAACUGAUUCCCCUGACAGUGAUCUGCAGGUGGAGACAGAGGUUGGUGCAGCAGAGGAAACAGAACACUCUGUCAGCGAUAGCGAUCAGGAGUGGUCCUCAAGUUCCUACACAAGCUCUGAGGGUGAAUAUGAUGUAGGCUAUGCAGAAGAAGCCCGUGGUAUUCAGGAGGUGUGAUGUUGUUCACUUUAAUUUGAUUUCUUCAAGCAGUAAUUAGGUUAAUUAUAAUUAAAAUAAUUCAUUUUCAGUCUUCCUAUAGUGUAAAUGAUUGAGUUAAUGAUUCCAAUACUGCUAUAGCUGUUUGAUAAUUAUUUUGCACCCAAAUAAGGAUUAAAUGGGAUUGUUCUUGUUUUUGAUAUGUGGUAAAUCUGACCUUAUUCAGCAAUGAAAUCCACUUCGAAGAAGAACAUGAGAGAGAACCUCCCACUUCCUGUGCCCACUCACCUGCCCUUGACUUCCAUGAUACUCCUGCUCUCUAUUUAGAGACGUUACAGGUUAAUGUUUUUGAAACAACAAAAGUUUUACGUUUCUCAUCUAGUUUCACCCUUUUAAUGUUUUAGUUUUAUGUCCCUUCCUCUGGCCUCUCUAUUUGUGCAUCUCCACCCCCUUAUCUUAAGAGUAAAUUGUGGAGGGUAGUGUUUAAAUUUAUAUAGCUCAAGCAUAUUUCAAUGUCUGAACACCAUAGUUAUUUUUGUAAAAUAGUAGCAUCUUCUAUUUGAAUCAGUCUUUAUUACUUUCAAACAGGAACAGAGUGCUGAACAAUACAACUACAAUGAUGAAGUAUUCCAUGUAGAAGAAAUCCUGUCAGCUUUCCCAAAUUUUACGCAGAUUGUGAAUGUUACAACAGAUUCUGAGGAUGACAGUAACAAAGGGGACUCAUUGAACAACACCUUCAAAACAGUGGAGGAUUCUACAGGAGAAAAUGAAGCAUCUCCAUUAAACAUUAUGAGUGAUAGUGAGGAAGAUGAUGCUGGAAGACAAAUGCUUUCUCAUUUCCCUCCUUCCGAGUGUCCAGUUAUAGUGGAUAUCACUACAAAUGAUUCAAUUGAUGUUGGAAAUAGCUCAAAACAGUCUCCAAAGGCUGAAGAUGAAGCAUGCAAUGACAAAGGAACUUCAGCAGUAUCCACCAAGGAUGAUAUGGUUAGCACUAGGAAUUCAGAUCAAAGUGAUGAAAAUGUUUUUCUAACAGAUGCCACGAAUUCAAAUUCUACUAUAACUAACCUAAUGGAAGAAUCAUGUGACACAAAAAUUGUUGAUGAUUCGGAGAGUCAACCAGUUGAAAGGACUGGGUCAUUUCCUUUGAUAAGUAAUAAUGGAGUCUUGAAGGUUGCUGAUACUGGACAAACACCAGUGAGUACAGAAAAUGGAAAUGAGGUCAUGUCCCCUGAUAGAAAUGCUGAAAAGUCCCAUUCAGAUGAGGCUAGAAAAAAGCUUGGAGAAACAAUAUCUGAGACAUUAGAUCUUGAUAAAGAAUUUUGUAAUGUUUACAAAAAUAUUGAAAAAUUAGAAAUGAUGAGUGAGAAUAAUGUUGAGUCAAGCAAUGAAUUUACAAAUGAAACAAGCAAAGAUGAUUCUGGACAAAAUGGAGAGGAUUCAAAAACCAUGGUCAUUGCUGUUGAUGGCAUGGUGUCCACAGAACAAACUACCCAUUGCAAAAUAAAAUGUGUAGUAACAAAUGAAUCAACCAUGGACGAUUGUGUGGAUGGAAGAAAUGACAAGGAAGUAAAUGAAAGUGAAGAAGGUAUAGAUACUCCUUCUCCUGUAUUGGCUAAAAGACGCCCAAGAAAGUUGAGAAAUCCCAAAGGGUAUUCCUUUGAAACAGAGUCAGGAUUACUUAGUCCAGAAGAUGAUGUUCAUGUAGAAUUGAAGAAAAUUCAAAACAGUGGCUCAUUUAAGAGAGAUGGGUCAUCUGUAUUGGCAUCUGAAUCUGAGGCAGAUGGAAUGUCCCCUGAUGGACAGCAGCAUGAUGAGGUCACACCUUCACCUCCUCCAAGAGUAAUAGCUGCCCAAAGCAAGAAUCUAAGAUAUUCUUUGUCUUUUAAUACUGCAGGUAAACUUGAUUUUAAGAUCUGAUUUUUCACCUAGUGAGAUCUAACUAGAUACAUGAUCAGCCUUAAGAGUUAACGAGCUGUGUGUAAGACAAACUGUAUGAUAUUUGCAAUAUGUAUGCUUUGAAACUCUUUAUGGGGGCCAUUUCAUUUUAUCAACUGGGUUGAUAAUACCCUGUAUGAUGUAGUUUGUUGUGACAUCAAUAAGGAAGUAUCUAAUCAAUUUUCCUUCUAGUUAAGUGUCUCUGUUUGACAGUAGGCUGCCGGAGAAGAAAUUUUAAAGGCUUAAAUCUUUCUUAAGAUGUCUGAGUUAUUCUUAAGAUAAACUAUCGAAGAAAUAGCUGCCAAUCAUGUAUUAAAAGCAAUUGCAUUUAUAAAUAUUUUUGGUAAGUUAUUUGUGUGGUUAUCUUAGUACAGUAAAUUUGGAUUGUGGUCAGUGAAGUACCAUAGAAUGAUUUUUACUUAAAGUUUUGUCAGGACUUGUCCUUUACAACUUGGAAUUUUUUGUGUUUCCCUUUUUACAGCUAUUAGACAUCCUCAAAGAGAGGGUGGUAAGCGUCCAAAACGUGGGCGAUCAGAAAGGUCAAUGACACUUCCAAACAAUGUUUUUGAUGUUGCAUCUCGCCUUUUUACAUCCAGUUCCUCAACUGAACCAAUGGUAUGUAAAUGUAGCUACUUAAAGUGUUAAUGAUCUUUUGAGGGUUGAAGGAUUUAACAACCCAUUCAUGCACUUUUCUUAAAGAGUUAAUGGUACAAUGCUGUUAGUUUUAAUUUGUGGUUUGGUCUGACUCUGCAGUAGCUGGUCCAUAUCAGCUAAGCAGUGCUAAUAAAUUCAUUAAAAGCAAUGAACAGGCAGAAAAUUACAGAUUUGAAGAAACUGGUAAUAUUUGACUGCCAAUAAUAUUUUUGAUUUUUCUUAAAGCAUCAAGACCCUAUAACCCUUAUCACAGAUAACAUGCCGGGCACCUUUCAAGGCUUUCCAAUCAAUCGACGGGCACAGAUAGCCUUGGAGUUAUAUACCACAGAGAGGAGUUACAUCAGAGGACUGGAAACUAUCGUCCAGGUGAGGUAUAAUGAGAUACAUGUGGUAAAGUGUAUGCUAUGUAACCAAAAAGGCUACUAAUAACACAUCAGACACAACUGAGAGUUAGCAAGGGUCUUGUAUCCAAGAUAAAGGGGGGGAAGUACAUGUAACUAAAGAAACUGUCAGUGGUGCUGUGUCAGAUGGGGUUAUAAAAAGAUAAUUUGAUUGUAUCAACUGAGUUGCAAAUGUGAAUUAGCUGCCUCAAAAAGUUUCUAAAGCUAAUGUUUUGAGUGUUAGCCCUUCUCUCUGUUGCAGGGUAACAUUUGAAACAUCAGCUUAAGGUUGCCCAAGUUACAUUUGGUUGAUAAAACCAAUGGUCUGUUAUCCUAUUUGCCAUAAAGAGAUUGCUACAGUAGUUACUAUGGAACCAUUUCUUAAAAGUGCGAGCCAUAACCUGGCUGAAUCUCAAAAGCUGAUUUUUUAUUUGCCAUGUUCACACCCAAGAACCCUCACAUUGAGGUAAAAGGACAGAACCUACAUUGUUCUUGCACAUGUGCACAUUGGAAAAGUUUUUUUCUUUCCUAAUCAACAUUUAUCUCUUUUAUGUAGUUAUUCAUGAAGCCCUGCGAAGAAAACAAAUUGUUGGACAAGAAGGAGAUCAAAACAAUGUUUAGUAAUAUAAAAGAGUGAGUCAAAGAUAAUUUGAAAAUUUCAUGACUUUCUUAAUGUUUACUUUCAUGACAGAGACUUGUUAUUAAACCAUGUUUUCUAAUAAAUUUUAUUCAUUGUUUCAUGUUUAGUGACUUACAUACUAUGAUCACCAGGGUAUAAGCCACACUUGCCGAUAAGCUGCACCUCAUGGUUUGGCAAAUCAUGUUUUUGAAACACUUUUUUGAAAAGAAAUUGAAAGAAAUCACUUGAAGAGUGUUGAAAAAGUUGGUUUAUUUUGCAUACAGUUGCUAAUGUUGAAAACAGAAUGCUGUGAACCCUUACCUAUAAUAUCAACUGUAAUAGUAUGGAAAUCAUCUUUGCCAGCUCAGACUUAUGUUUUGAUCUUACUCUGGUAUUGUUCAACCAGUAUUUUUUUUUUCCAUUCCUUUCUGAUUUUCAAUAGAGUUCCACAGAGAAACAGGAAAUCUUUGGUUUGUUUGUUGGCUCAUUUGUAGCUUAGAAGCCAAGCAUUUGAUUAGGAGAAGAGGAAGGAGGGGACUUAAGUAGCUUUUGAAAUAUUAAUUUUUAUCACAGUACAUGGCUAGGUUCCUUGUCAAGUCAAGUUUAGCUUCUCAAUGUAGGAUAUAAAGGUAUCCUAACAAGGAAGGUUCAUAACACCAGCCAACGCAAGGAAUAUAUUAAGUUUAAAAUGCUUAUGAACAAAAAUGUCACUUUAGGAGCCACCAAACUUGCAAAAGCCAUGAUCAAAUUAUCCUUGUUUAGUUUUUGUUAUGCAGACUUAAAAAUGUUCAAUAAAUGGUGUCAAUUUAUGCAAAUUUGUGGCAUGUUUUCUAGAUGUUCACACAGAUGAGUGACACAUUUGAUUUUCUAUGAAAAUUUUUGGGAAAAUGGUGUGGCUCAUACACUGCUGUCUACAGUAAUUUAAUCUUUCGGUCAUGUUUAUGUAGCUAGCAAGACAUAAGGCUGUUGAUUAACUGUUGAUCAAGAUGUCACCAUGCUUAUGGUCUUUCGGAUUGUUUGACCUAGAAUACAAUGAUGAAUGUCUUCCAUACUGGAGUAAAAUGUUUUUCUGUAUUUUUAUUUAUUAGUAUCUUCCAAAUCAACAAAGAUGUCUUGUUUAAUCUUCUUUAUCUAAUCAACCACUGGCAUGACAAAGAGCAGUGUGUAGGGGACAUUUUCACAGAUGAGGUGAGUGGCUAAAACGAUACACUCUCCAACAUAUUAAGUGCAUAUAACAAGCUUCUGUUAAAUAAACAUUUAGGGUUCAGAAUUCUACAAGACUAUUCUCGAACUGAGGCAUGAUGAGGAUGUUUUUCUUUACAUUUCCUCUGAAAGCCAACUAAUUUUUUAAAUAACAUAUGAGGACUAAACCAGAUUCCUUGUGAUAAACAAUCAGACUGUGGGUUAGACUGACUGUAAGCCAUACCAGAAGUGAAACUAAGUGGACCUCUUUAUUUAAUUAAGGAGAAAUUGAGAUAACUUCAAACUGAUCCCAUUACUUGUUUGUCCUCUUCUUAGUCCAAUUAUUGACAGUACUCUUCAGUUAUUAAUAGUAGCUGAUUGUUAUUUUCCUUAUUCAAGGUUAUUGAGCGAAUGAAGAAGAAAUAUGCAGAUUAUUGUACUAACUACGAUUCUGCAGAGACUCUUUACAAGCAAAAGAUAAAAAAGAAGGAAUUUGAAGCUUUUUUAAAUGUAAGUACUAUACUUCAAAAUACAUGUGUCUUAUUUUCAGCAUGUUCUAUUUAAUAAAUAUGUAUAUAUGCAUGUGUACCUUUGAAGGUAUGGUUUUGUUAUUUAGAGGCAACAUAGAUUAACUGUGUUAAUAAUUUCCUUCAGUCAUGCUACGAACAUCCAGUUUGUCAGCCAGGGCUGAAUCUUCCUGCAUAUCUGAUUACAGUGGUACAAAGAAUUCCAAGAUAUCUUCUUCUUCUGGAGGUUAGCACAUUGUCAGUGAUUCCUAAUGUAUUGCUUUACAUACCAAAUCCAUAUUAUCUGAGCCUUUACUGCCCAUGAGUGUUCAAGACAAAAUUUCUCCUUACAGUAUCAAUGCAAUAUAAAGCAGGCAAGUAAUGAGAAUAAAGAAAAAUAUCAAUCAGGGAAUCAUUAGUUGAUCCAAUAUCAAGUUCUCUUAACUAACAUGAUAAGAAUUGUAUGCAGACAGUAAGGAGAAUUACUAUUGAGAUCAUGCGAGUGAAAGGGUUAUGCAAGUUGAUGUAGCAAAAUUUUGUUAUUUUUCUUUCAAGGAUCUUUACAAAAGGACGCCAGAGAAUCACCCAGACCGAAAUAAAUUGAACAAGGCUUUGAGUACAAUGGUAACAAGUGUAUUCGUUUGAUAUACUUAGGUUUAAAAUUUGUUAUGGCAGCUCUUAUAACUAACAGCUAUUUUAUGUAUUAUUCUUUUAAUAAAGAGAAACACAGCAGCAUUCAUCAACAAUCAGUUACAAACAUCCAUUGGCCAGAAAGCGAUGGUAGAGUUGAGAUCAAGACUUAUAGGUUUGGAGGUGAGAUUCACAGCUAUAAUUGAUUUUGUUAGCUCUGCUAAGUCAAUGUUUGCAUAUCUUAGAGGUGCAUAUAUCAAGAGAUUAAACCAUUUAAUGAUUAACAACUAUUUGGUAAAGCCAAAGGGAAUUUUAUUGAAUAAUCCCGGAGAUACAGAAGAGAGGAUUAUUCAACAAUAUUCACUGAGCCUGAGGUGAAAAAUUGUUUUAGUAUAUUUGCUCAGGUGCCUUUGAAUUCUGUUGUAAAUUCAUCAGUUGUUGAUACCAUCUUGAUCUAAUUGGUUUUGAUUACUAGCAUCCAGAUAAGCAGUCAGUUUCCUCUAGAAUGUAAUGGGUUUAAUUAAUUCAAUCAGCAAAAACUUCAUUUUUUUUCUUUUGAAAAGUGUUACCCCAAACUUAGUAGCAUGUUUUGUGUUCUUCAGAAUUAUAACUGUUUUCUAUCACAUUUUUCUUUUCUUCUGUAACACUGAGUUAGCUAUUUUGAAAUGUAGUGCCCCUGUUAUAACCACCUCAUGGAAGGUGAAUGCUGUGGGAAAUGAUGCAAACCUCAACCAAUCAGAGCGCAUGCAUCUUUAUAAUCACUGCUGCAAUUAUACCAAUCAUUAUUGAUAACUGAUGAUAUUUUUUUGAUGAUAUUUUUGAUGAUAUUUUUGAUGAUAUUUUUGAUGAUAUUUUUGAUGAUAUUUUUGAUGGUGCAAUUGAUAAUAGUUUCUUAUACUGCAUAUGUCACUUAAUAAGCAUCUAUUGUAUAGAUGCAUUCUUCUGUUAAUACUAUAUCAUUUUACAUAUCAACAGGCAUUUGAAGGUCAAGCUCUUAUCAAAGAGGUUGAUGUGGUCCUAUCAGGCAAGAAGACUCGCAAGGUACUUAUCCCCAAAUUGCCCUCUGAUGUUGACUUUUCAUUCUUCAGCUCUUUGUCAAAACUCAAAGGCUUUGGGUGGAUAGUAGAUAGUUAGUUGAUAGAUACAGGCAGCCUGAGGAUACAUAUUUACAGUUAUAUAAUACUACUAAUUUUACUAUGGAUGACAAUAUACAAAUAGUGAUCUAAUAUGUGAAAUUUAAACUAUUAAAAUAAUAACCCUUAACUCUCUUGAGUGACUGAGACAGAAUUUCUUGGUUAUCUUCAGAGUGAUUCUUACAGGGACAACUAAUGGGAGCAACAAAUUGUGGGGGAAAUCUGACUAACCACUGGGCAAUAUGACCUCUGAUGAACUGCUAUGCAUCUUAACUAGAAAAUAGUAACAAAUAGAAUACUCAUGAUAAAUUCAUGUUUCUCAAUGGACUAGACUUAAACAACCUUUUAUAUAUAAUAUAUGUAUAUAUACAUAUGUGUGUGUGUGUGUGUGUGUGUGUGUGUGUGUGUGUGUGUGUGUGUGUGUGUACGAAACAGGCUUGUCGGGAAAUGUAGUUGCGUCCUUUUUUCCUCUCGUAAUAUUUAUUCUGCUCUGCUUCAACGUAUUGAGCACUGUUCCAUGCGAAAAUCGACUUGCAGACUUCCUAUAUACAUAUAUAUACAUAUGAUUAUAUCAUGAUCAAUUCCUCCUUUUUAACCAUUUUAUUUUCUGUCCAGUGCUUGUUAUUUGGUGACAUGUUGGUGUUUGCUGUGAAGGGUGUCAGCAAGACUAGUGAAGUGGAGCAAACUCUUGAGCUGGCCACUCUGUGGUGCAUGGAUCUUGAAGGCAACAAUCCACAAUCAGGUAAUAAAAAUACUAAUUCUAAUACUAACUUUUUACCAACUGAUGACCCUUUGGAAGGCUCGAAUUUACCUCAGGCCUACAUAUCUGGCUAUAUUAAUUUAAUAUGUAAUAUUUUAUUAAUUGUUGUUGUCACAUUGAGCUUGAUAAUUGGAAAGCUUGACUCCUGGCCAGUGGUUUAGCCCUGACUGGUAGAAGUUUCUUGGAAAAUUUAACUCUAACAUCGCAGAGAGCAGGGAUGGCUGAAAGGACCCAUUUGUCUUUACCAUGGCCUGGGUUCAAUUCCUUACACCUGGCAGCAUGUGUGGGUUGAGUGUGUAAUUGGUUCUGUACUUUACACCAUUGGUUUUCCAGGUUCUCCACCUUUCCUCCCUUGUGAAAACAUUGAUGCAACAAAUUCCAGUUUCAACUGGAAAAUGGUGAUCAAAGAGCUUGUACUCAUUGGAAAUACCACUGCUGAAUAAGCUCUGACUGAAAGCUGUGCAAGUUGAUCAUGUAUAUAUAGUCAAUUUUUGAAAUUGUGAUUCAUGUCAAAGAGAAUUUUGGAAAAGAGGAAAGAUGUCAAGUUGCAAUCCAGAGAAGGUGUAGCAUCAUGAGGAAAAUGCCCUUAAAUCCUCUUAAAUGCAUCUCAUGAACUGUCUUAAGAAGUAAGUGAUUGAUGAAUUUGAACAAUGAAAACUCAAGAGAAUUCUGUCAUUUUCUCAGGAAAGGAAGACUCUCUUGAAGUUUACACGCCAGAGCAGUCUUACUUUGUAGAAGCUGGAACUAAAACAGAGAAAAAAGAUUGGCUACAGAAGCUCAGGACAAGAAUUGCCAUGGCAUUACAUGGAACAGAAGCAACAGACAAAGAUGAGAUUGGUAUGUUUGUACAGAGAAAUGGUUGUUAAUUAGACCCUUGAAAUGGUCCACUUUAUGUAGGGUGCUGGAAAAAUGAAAUACGGAUCAAAGCAAAUGUUAUUGUGUAAUGAUAACAAGAUUAAUGUUUCAGUUGUUUGAGCAUCAACCAGUUCUAUUGUUGGCUUCUUUCAUGACUCCAAACAAGGCCCAUUGGCUAUUGUUUAUUCAGGGUGUGUUUUAUCAUGUUGUAUAAACUUUGCAUGUAACCAGGUGAACUGAUCAUGUUGAUUAUAGUGUUAAAACUGUUCAGUUUUUCUAAGACUUAAAGUGUCCACUAGAGGACUCCAUCUAAGAGCCAUUGUCUCCUUUACAGUAAAAAUGGUGCAAAGAAUUAAACAUAUGUAUUUUAAGUAAAAGUCCCCUCAAUACCGACUCCCUGUUAUUGCAGGGUGUACUCCAACAAUGGUUUUACUGCUUUAAUUGUGAAUCUUGUAAAGGUAGCUGAGCACUUUGAAGUGUGGGGCAGGACUCACUACAUAUGCCAAAUGCAUACCUUAGCAUGCAUUUUCUAAAAGUAAUUUUAAUGUUCACUUUUUGACCACAGGCCUGAGUUGUUCAAAUGGGAAAAAGUUGAACCACAUUUAAUUUUGCCAAGCACAAUAAUUGUGAUGAGACAAUUUUAAAAGAUUACAAGACUGUACAUUUUGCAAAACCAGUUUUUGCUGUGCUUGCAAUAUCAUUGGCACUGAAAUGUACUUGAGAGGGGGUGUUAUGUCAUGUCAUUAUCAUUUCAUGAUAAUAAUAGUAAUUUCAUACGUAUAUAGUGCAAUAUACAUGUGGAUUUUCUUUAUCACUUAUAUGAUUAAAGACCGAAUUGGACUCACUUCACUCAGUCCUAUUACUAUUAUUAAUUGCCAUUUCUGUAUUGGGAAUUUAAAAAAAUUGGGUACAUGUACCUUUUGUCUUUGAAUGGUGAAAAGUUGCUAAUUCUGUUUGAUGUUGAUAUUCAGAGACACGCAAAGGUACUUUCACCUACAAGGAUGGACGACACUUUUGUGGUAAUUUCGUUUCAGGAAAAGUAAGUGAAAGAAAAAGAUCAAAUAUCUUUAGUAGUAAUCUUUUUCUUUCGGUAGUUUCAAGUUCCUCUUUUGUUUUCAAUAACUGUGAGCCAAAGGUUGAGUGAUUGUGGUCAAAUUAUAGGGGAAUUUGAGUUAUGAAUCAUUUGAAGACAUUCACUGAACCAGAGAGGAAUUAUUGCUUUAGUUUUGACAAGUCACUGGGUUUAAGAAAUUGCAGUGCAGCUAUUUUGACAAUCAUGGAAUCAGUACAAGUAGUAUAUUUACUUAAAGUUGAAACUCACCCCCUUUAUUCGCUACUAAAUGGGUUUGAUACUUAGCAAGUUAAUAUGCCUAAGCACCAGAUUUCUACAAAAUCCCACAGAGAAACUUCCAUUGUUGUUGACACCCAAACAGAAACACUAGAAAAUGGUCAUUGACAAGAUUUAAACCUUACCAUAUUUCUGCAAUGUAGAAUAUUGAAUGAAAUAUUUAAAUUUUUUCUUUUUCUUUCAGAGGAGUGGUGAAGGCACACUUUCUUGGCCAAAUCAAGCCAGAUAUCAGGUAUCUUUGCUACUCUCUUGGCAACUGAAAUUGUUAUCAAAUGAUUAUGUGGAAAUUAUUGUCUUGUAAUGAAUUCAAUUAGGAGCCAACCAACUGGCUUAGUUCUGUUGGGUGCAGAGUUUCAUAUGCAAGGUCAUUUUCGUUUACCUGGACUUUCACAUCAACUUUGGAAUAUAAGAUAAAUGGUGCAUACACAAGAGUGCUUCGUGCUGCCCUAAACAAAUCCUGGAAAAAUCACCCAACCAACAAGGAACUAUAAUUAUGGCAACAUCCUCUCCCCCCCCUCCUCCCUAUCAGCAAGUCAAUACGCAAACAAAGACUUGCUGGACAUUACUGGCGCAGCAAAGAUGAACUAACAGGAGAUUUACUACUCUGGAGACCAAGCCAUGGCAAACAAGCAUCAGGACACCCAAAGAGAACAUAUGUCGACCAACUGACGGAUGUUACGGGAUACAGGAUGGAAGAAUUCCCAAAUGCUCUGAAUAACAGACAAGGAUGCAAGAAACGUGUCAUGGAAAACCGAGCAAGCUCCACCUGACGAUAAUUAUGAUUUUCGUAUAGAGAAAAAGAUUGCAGGACAGUUAAAUUAUAAACUAUGGAUAAUUAGGUUGUAAGACACAAGGUGUGGUGCUGGAAAAUUAAGUUUUAAAAGGUGAAGCCUGAUUUCUCAUUAUUUUUUUCAGGGUAACUGGGAGGAUGAUGAUCGCAAUGGAUGGGGAGAGUUGACAUACAAUAGUGGAGACAAGUACAGAGGAGAUUGGCUGGAUGAUAAACAGCGUAUGUACACAAUGUUUACGCAAAGGAAGAUCUGUGACCUAUCCCUGACUGUUGGAUACUUACUGUCUGGAGGCUUCUUUUUCUUCUUUUUAUUUACACAUCAUGUAUCAAAGGAAAAUUUGAGGAGGAAGCAUCUAAUUGUCAUAUGGGUAAUAAGGCGUGGGCUGGUUGUUAACUGUUAUAAAUUCAAAUUGUGUAUUGGAAAAUGAGGGCUUCUGUAUCACAAGAAAUACCAGUAGGUGAAACCUUUCAUUAUUUAAAGCUCAUGCAUUGUUAAAGGACAUACUAUGAAUUUUUUUCAAAUUAAAUUUUGAAUUAUAUAGAAUACGUCAAAGGGUAGUUUGUGCUUCUUUUGCGAGGGAAAAUUCAAUUUGUAGACAAAAUCCUUCGUUCCUCUUUAGUAUAUAGAAAGGCAAAAAAGAAAAAAUUCUACUUUGAACAUGAAACGCAGUAAAGGGUUGGAACAGUGUGUGAAUUGCAAUCAUGACAUGGUUAUUUUUUGCACUUUGAUACAGAUGGCGAAGGAGUAAUGGAAUAUACAAAUGGUGACAUCUACAGAGGACAGUGGUACGAGGGUGACAUGCAUGGCCAGGUAAUGUGUAUUCAAAUAUAACCAUAUUUAUUGUCAUCUUAUUGUAGUAUCGUUAUAAUUUAUGAGCAAUGAUAACAGUUUUUCAGCCAAAAAAAAAGUAAAUGAUAUUCCGAAACAUAAAUUAAACCUCAGACCUCUCGAUUUUAUAAUCUGAUGUAAAAAACAGACAUAGAGGUUGGGUGUGGGAAGCGACAAUGUUUGAAAGUAAAAAUAUAGAGAUGGUAAAUAUUGAGCUUACUUGUCAACCAGAGAAAUACAUCCAAAGAUUUGGGGUUGGAUUCCUCUCGGGGUACUCAGAUUUUGUUCUUUGUCACACAUUCGUCACUUAAUCUGUUAACUGAGCUUGUAAUUAAGCUUCUCUCUUUUUCCUUCCAAAACUGUUAUUUAAUAAUUCGUUGUUUUUUUAGGCUUGCGGUUGUUGAGCAAAUGGUAUGUCAAGUUAAUUGAUAAUUGGUUGGUGCUUAGCGUGUGUACAUCAAGUUCGGGAUACACGCGGAAAGUUUGAAGAGCACGAGAGAAGCGCAAGCGCAUAAGCGCGCUAUGUUUUAAAUACGAUAGACAUCCAUACAUUUUGAAGGGUGUUUUUUUUUCUUUUUAGGGUACCAUUACCUUCAAAAAUGGAGAUGAGUUCUAUGGGAAGUUUUUUCACAAUGAAAUCGAGGGGUAUGGAGAAUUGUGUUGUUUCAGUGGAUUGACUUACAAAGGGGACUGGACACGGAGCAAGGUAGGGUUGGUAGGGUGUCAAGUAUGUAUAGUCUAAAUGUCUCCCGUGUUAAUGUUAGUUUAGUCAUAGCCUUAAGAGCAGCCGUAAUUUUGACGAGCGUGUACUCAGUACGUUCUUCGUGGAAAUUUUAGCUGCCGUCUUUGAUUAUUGAGGCAGUUGAAGGCUGGGGAGAGAAAGAAACUGGUACCUAGGGGGCGAGUAACGAUCAAAAAUAAGGGGAGGGGAGGGGUUGGGGCAAGAAGAACUUCUUCUUGCCUUUACAGUGAACUCUAACUCUAGAUCAAGCUUGUAACGUUAGCUCGCUCUAAUAAGAAGCCUGCACUCCAGGAUAGGUCAGUCAUGGCACAUUAUCCAUUAUGACUUAUUCAGUACUUGGUGGGGUUAGAUUAAACUGCGCGUGCGUGUUUAUGACUUAUCCACUGAGAUUCAGUAAGUUUGUGUUGUUAAAUUCAUCGGCGCAUGCGUGCUUCAUAUUCCUUUUGUGUACGCUGUAUAGAUGCACUGAGGCGUAGCAGAGGGGUUUUCUCCUAGGACAAUAAUAAAACUGUAAUGGUGACAAUGUUGUUGUUGUUAUCGGCUUAUGCAACAGCAUGAAUACAUCGAGAUAAUAAGGGCUUUGGAAAUAAAGAGAGCAAUCAAUGCUCUGUAUGGUGAUGAACGCACAGCUAAUAACUGAACCUCUACCCCUAGCUUAGUAAAGUGAGUGUGUAGGAUCUCAUAUAUGUACGGUUGGUGUGUCUGCAGUCUUUACGUAUGCUUAGUCAUUUGGAAGGCUGUUUAUUAACAAACUAUGUUGCCUCAACCUAAUUUAUCUUUUCCACAGAAACAUGGUAAAGGGUGGAUGCAGUUUCCCAAUGGUGACGUUUACAAGUGAGUGGAAACGAUAAAUGAUUCGGUUCAAAUAAAAGUCUGCGACUGACGUCAAAUUACAAGCCCGUCAUCAGGCUCUUGUUGGCCGUGGGACGCGUGCGGCAGAGCCCACAAAAUGCGAGCUGUCGAGUGAAGUUUGCGUGACCUCUCGCACGGCUGCAUUUCUCUCUAAUGAGAAACCGUGUGUGGCGCAACAUGAAUUUAGAGGCUGCUCUUAGACUAACAUAAUGCCUACUUUGAAUUUUUUUUAUCAUUAGAUUACAUAUAACUGUGAAAAUUGAAGGGUAAAAAUACAAUAUGAGAGGGGGAGGGUGUGUAUUUUCCAAAGUUUCGUUGCCUCACCUUGCUUUGUUUUGCUUUACAACGACUAACCUUGCAAUCAUCUAAACAUAAGUUAAGGGACCUAGAUAGAAUUUCUCCUCCUUGCCAUAUCUGCACAAUAUCAUGCAGACGAUUGAUGAGAAUAAAGGAAAGUAUGAAUUAUGGGAUUACUAAUUGAUCCGAUAUCAAAUUCUCCAAACUAACAUAGUGAGAAUCGUUUGGCAGACAGAAAGGAGAAUUACUAAUGAGAUCUUGGGAUUUAAAGGGUUAAAGGGAACCAACGAUCGUGUUGUGUCAUAGACCGGGCAAGGUAAGGCUGAAAAGGAUUGGGGUUUGUGAUAGCAACCGACGUUUUAACAACCAUAAGAGAAGAGAUGACGUUGGUUAAAGCAGCCCUGCUGCUGGUAUGCCUGGGUCAUUGUCAAGCAGAUUGGACUCUCACCUUGGGGGCGUGGUUCUUAUAAAGGACACUCUGUUACUGACUCAAUGAGCCAACAUCUAAAUCAAGGAAGAGUCACCAGCAAAUUAUUAAGGAAAUAUGUCAAAAUGCUUUAGGGUAACUGUGAUGAUCUGGAAUGUCAUCCUUCCAUCCAGAAGCACUGACAUUUGAUAUGCUCCAACAGCUGUGUGCCAUUUGACUUGUCAUGUACUUGCCAUUAAAAAUCCUUCUGUUUUCUUGUUUGUCUUUUGUAGUGGUCAGUUUGCUAAUGAUCGGAUCAGUGGACACGGAGAGAUGCAUUAUGUUGAUGGCUCUGUGUACAAAGGACAGUGGAUGGAAAAUCAGGUUUGCGAUCAGGAUCCGUUCACAGUAUCUUCAGUUUCUUCAUUUUGCGUCGUUUUCUAUCCCUCUUUGAUUAAUUUGUCUUCUCGCCCGCUCGGGAAGCCAUUCAGAACACAGGGUUCUCUUCAUCUUUCCCGUUCGCGGAGUCAGCCCACCGUCUAAAUUUUCAUUUAUGGAGUUAGCUCUUUCAAGUGUUGGUCGUAAGCAACGUAAAUCGGCUCUUGGCUUUGAUUUAUUUUAGCGGGGAGGGAACGGUGACUACAGAAGGGCUGAUGGAACUCAUUACAUUGGAGGAUGGAGUGGAGAUCAUAUCACAGGCAAAGGAUACAUGAAGUACGCCAAUGGUGACUGUUACGAAGGAAACUGGUUCAAAAACACGGUAAGCACUGCUGUUUGUUCUUGUUCUUAGAGUUACGUAACAUAAGCGAAGGGAACAUGAUUUGGCAGUAUUACGUUUUGUUGUUGGCUCGUAACUGCGAAUUCUUUUAACCCUUUAACUCCCAUGAGUGACCAAGACAGAAUUUCUCCUUACAGUAUCAGUACAAUAUCUAGCAGACAAUUGAUGAGAAUAAAGAAAAAUAUUAAUUAGAGGAUUAUUAGUCGAUCCAAUACCGAAUUCUCCAAACUAACAUCAUAAGAACUAUAUGGCAGACAGUAAGGAGAAUUACUUAUGAGAUCAUGGGAGUUAAAGGGUUAAUGCGAGUGGGCACCAAAAUGACUCUUCAAAUGUUUACCGCCACCUUGAAUUUUAGAGCAGAGGUAGGUUUGGGAGUGAAAGAAAUUAUUCCCGUAGGUGGGGGGGGGGACGACGUCUGCACUAUAAACUAAAAAAACAACUGGUAACAGUUUCCAGUCUUAUUUGAACCGUUUGGUAUCCCAUGAUAGUAAUUUUGUGUGUUGAUGUUUACAGCGGUUUGGUCAGGGAGUUAUGAAGUACAGCAAUGGUGAUGUUUACGAGGGAGUGUUUGAAUAUGACUUGCGCAGUAAGACGGGAAGGAUGACGUACAAGGACGGAUCAGUGUAUGACGGCUGUUGGAACAAUGGGCUGGUAACUAGGCGGAUCACUUCUUUGACAAUUGAUUUUGUUAGUCUCGUUGACUUUGUUUUAUCACGUCACGUCGCAACUUUGAUCCUUAAUUAAUUUUUUUUUAAUUAGCACCACGGAAAAGGUAAAAUGACAUACAGCGACAAGAAGAGUGUGUAUGAAGGUAGGUUUUUGUUGAAUCGUUCCUGCAAUUUUGACAUAAAACUGACCACAUAUCAACCGUUUGAGUACUGGUUUGAAGAUCAUAUAAUUUGUCAAAAAGCAUUAUAAAAUGGACAUGAUCUUUGGAAAAUCAGCCUCGGAUGGUUCCAAGAGAAACACCAGGAAACUACGACAUUAUAUCUUCAUUGAUAUUUAAAUUUGAAAUCAAACUGAAUUUCAUAAAACACGCUUUCCUCAGAGACGUGUUCCCCCCCCCUAAAAAAUAUUAGAAAAAUUGUUAACAGAAUCUUAGUUUUUAGGUUACUUUCUUCAGUUCUACCAUUGAUUAAAGUUGGAAAAUUUGGUGACUCUUUCAGGAGAAUGGAUGUUAGGUAUGAGACAUGGUGAGGGAAGAUUGAAAUAUUCCAACGGAGCUAGUUACACUGGUCACUGGGAGUUUGACAAGGUAUAGUGAAUUAGGUCUAACUUUGCUUAAUUUUGUUCCUCCUUAGCCAACAGAAAUAACAAAAUGUGGAAAAUUACGAGUUUUUUGUUGUUUCAAGUAAGAGAGAGAGCUAGUCUAAUUACUGUGAAAGCCUACCACAGUGACAAAAUACGUUUUGCUCAGUUGGAGGUUCAAUUUAGCUGUUUGUUGUGUGUCCUUGAUACGAUUGGCUAUUUCUGAGAUGAUCCACUAUUGCGGUAUUUUUGCUUUAGAUCGCUUUGAGAUCGGUGUUCAAAACUCGGGCCACCCUCUCAACCAAUCAGAUGCAAAACUAAAACCAAUCGUGACGUGAUCAUUGCUGGUUUCCCGCGCCACAGAUGGUUUCCUUGUAUUUUCUUUGCGUUCUCAUUGGCUUCCUGUGGUAUUUUCCCCCGUUCUAAUUGGCUUCUCUUAUAACUUUGUUUCUGGUCUCAUGACACUCAAUUGAAAUGCGCUCAAUUUUUUAAAUAGGAUUGAACCAGGUUUUAAAAUCUUGAGUCUUCUCCAUUUGUUGUGAAGUUGAUCAAAGCCAAUUUUUGCCCUUUAUUCUUUCUUUUCCAAUGAAUCAACAGCGAAACGGACGUGGAAUGUAUACCGACCCUUCUUCUGGCUAUCGUUAUGAAGGUAACUUAACCAUUUUGUGGUGUCCUGUACGUGGUCAAUGGGGGGGAGGGGGGAUAUUACAAGUUUGGUUUUGUCAACUGAGAUGACCUCAGAUGAUAAUGUAGAUAGGCCACCGUAAGGAGUUUAUUGAGCUGACUUUUCGAGCAUUGGCUCUUCGUCAAAGCGAAGGGCUAGAAACGUCAGCUUUAUAAAUUCUUGCGUGUGUUGUUAGAUACUUCAGUGUAAUUACCAUUUCACUCCGUUGUAAAAGAGAAUUAUUUUUAACAAUCACUCAACGCAAGUUCACAGUUUUCCAAAAUUAACGGUGAUGCCUAGAUUUGAAAAGGCCCAAAAAGCUUUAAGGAUAUGUUGUUGAUCUUUGAGGUUCCGUAAAAUUUAACAUUUUCUGUUGAUUUUGCCUUUUUACCUUAGGGGAGUGGAAGAAUGGACACAAACACGGCAAAGGUGUCGAACAUACUCCUGAAGGAGUAUACGAAGGCGAAUGGAAAGAUAAUAUGGUAACUUGAUGUUAACAAAUUUGAGUCAUUUCGGUGAACAGUUUGAACCCUUGAGCAACAAGCAACUGUUUGACAGGGUAGCUCUGAAAAGAACUACUUUUUUGACAGCCUUGGCGAACGUCAUCACAUUAAAGGGAGGGGUUGUUUGUCAGUUGAGUGUGAUAAGUUUCAAAACUGCCUGUCACUAAUACCGAUAGCAGUCCUUUUGAUUUAUAGCGGAGCUCGCAGAACGUAGCCCCAUAAUUAUACUAAAUGGUAGUAGUAACCCAUCAAGCUGAAAAAAAUUGGACUUAUGACCGUACGGGCGUCUGUACAAGGUGCUACUUUUAACAUGCGUGGUCAACUGUACCGCGGGCACGCCAACGCCACGGCUUUGUCCAGUAGUCCAGUGGUCAGUACACUGGGCUCCGAGUUGGACGACACGGGUUCCAGUCCUGGCCGGGCAAGGCGUUGUGCCCUUGAGACGUGCGGGAAAAACAAAAUGCGAGCUCCGCUUUUAGGCUUAUUUUCAGUACUUUUGCUAACGAACCGACUUUCACGUAUUGCUGUUUUAUUCAUCAGAUCAAUGGUGUUUUUCGUACAAGAAUUUUUAAUUGUCUUUUUUUUUCAGCGCCAUGGCCAAGGGCGGGAAAUAUCGGUUUGUGAAACGGAAUUUGAAGGAAAAUGGAAGGAAAAUAGAAAACAUGGAACAGGCACUAAAAAACUGAAAAAUGGGCGAGUGGAAGGGCAGGUGAGCAUUGUCAAUUAAAAUGAACUUACUGUUUGCUUACCUUAUAUUUUACAUUUUGCGUAAUGCGGUCUUCUCACUCUUCUCGGCCAUGCUUGUCAGUAAGUGACCGUCUGGUCAAAUCGUGUGUCAAAAAACUCUCUCCAGCGCUUCUGCAGCUCAAAUUCCUUAAGCUACUAUUAUUCCAUAAACUACCCGGGUCGACCACUUUCGUGGCCGGCAGAAAUUUUUGUGUCAAGUUUCUGAUAAGAAACAGCUUGUGCAGAAUCCUUCCGUUACUCCACACUAAGAUAACUUAAAAGGAAAAAAUGGAUAUAGGAUAUGCUAUACCGUAUAUUGUAAGUUUUUUGUUUUAUUCGUCUCCUAAGCGACCACUCUCUUUAAGCGACCACCUUUUCCUGUGCCAAGGUCAGGCGCGUGAGAGGAAAUUAUUUUUAACUAUAGGUACUCCUUUCACUUGGUAUGGAUGAAAGAAGUUGAGAGUACUCCAUAUUUGUGUGUUUCUAGGUCUGGGAAGAGGGCAAACAUGUGGAUAUAUCGAGUAUUGACGUAAUAGAACUGCCCCUCAUCCAGAGGAGAUGAUAAUAAUUUAUGUUACCAUCCCGAAAUUUGAAACUACAAUUCCAAGGAUUAAGAGUUUUCUAGCGAAGAGAUCAAAGGAAUAAUGAGAUUUUUCCUUUACCCCUGCUUGACCAGGUGUAGAUGUUGCUCUCCCCUGCCCCGUUCGAUAAAAGACCCACUUCAGUUUGGCAAGGUAUUUUUUUAGGGAGGGGGUUUCCUAUACUGCUUAUCUACCAACGUUUGUUGAACCUCUUUUUU